AUGUGCGUUGCUAAGAAUAAGCAAAGUUCACGGUUGUUCGCCUCUGGAAUGACCCGGUGGAUGAGAUAUCAAAUCCUACUUUUGCAUAAUAGACAACGGGAUAAUGUAGCUAUGGGAUUAGAACCCGGGCAACCUCAAGCUACAAAUAUGCGAAAGAUGUACUGGGAUUAUGAGCUGGAAGAAAUGGCAGAGCUCUGGGCACGGCAAUGCCAGAAGCGGCACGACGAAUGCAGAAAUACGAUUAGGUUCAACGUUCUUCAGAAUAUCGAUGUAAGGCCGGUAGUGCCAAGGGUCACGGAAGCUCAAAUUUUGGCUGAUGCGGUUGGCGGUUGGUUCUCCGGUUCGAGAUCCUUGCAGCCUGACCACGUUUGGUCUUUCAGGUUGAGUAAUUGCAGUGCUCCUGGUGGUUGCAAUGCACACUGGUAUUCUACAGCUGCUUGGGCUUCCACAUGGAGAUUAGGAUGUUCACAAGCACUGUGCACAUCUAAGAGGCGGUCGUGUGUCCAUUUCAGAAAAAGAAGAACGCCACCCACUCCCACUGAUACGCUUCAGGUUACACGUACCUCGACGAUAACCGAGAACUUACUUCGUAGGACUAAGUUUACCACCCCCAGGUCGACAAAAUUUGAAGACUUCAAUGUGAGUAUUGAUACAAGCUUAAAAGAAUCUCCGUUACAUCGUGGGAUAUUUGAGUUGGGGGAUCAAGAAGAGAGAAGAAAGCAGAGCCAAAUCUUAGCGUUUACCAUUUGUAACUAUGGGCCAGCGGGUAAUAUUGAAGGAUUUCCAAUUUAUGAGGCUGGACCUAGCUGCAGCAAUUGCCCCCACGGUACCCAAUGUGGAGACCGUACACAUCGAGCGUUGUGCUCCGUAUUAGGAGAUCCAGAAUGCACAAAGUUGAACAAUUAG